UGGAAAUAAUGGAAGAAAGCUUUCCACGUUUACAGUAAUCGUAUUCUGGAGAAUAUUUAAUAAGCCGUUUAAGUUAUAGCCGUUUGGCUGAAGCCUAAGUGUGUGGCCUUCGAAAACGAAACUAACUUCACCCGUUCAUUAAGGAAGUUUAGCCUAGAGGAGGCGUGUCCAACUACUUUCGAUAUGUAGAGUAGAAAAAGUAAUGUUCAACAUAGCCUAAAUAUUCGAGACAAGCCCUGACAUCUUCACAUUGAGAAGAACUGGGCUGAUGUCUGCUGACUUCACUCACAGAGAUGCAGACAGUUUUGGAGUUUCAGCGGGUGCUGUUAAAAGUGCAGGCAUCUCUCACUGUCGAUGAGGUGCAGGACCUGGUGUUCCUCUGCUCUGAUCUGCUGAGUCUGAAAGACCUCAGCACCGUGACCUCAGCCGGACAGCUGUUCAGUCUUCUGGAGAACAGGGACCUGCUGUCAUGGGAGGAUCCGUCUCUGCUUUUAGAGCUGCUCAGGAUCCUGAAACGGAACAGCCUCAUCCGCAGUCUGACCUCAGAGGAUGUUAUGCCAACCAACGGCACAACAUAUAGUCAACAAAUCUCCCCAUACAGACAGUUGUUGUAUGAGCUGUCAGAGUCCAUCUGUGAGCAGGACCUGAAAAACAUCAAAUUCCUCCUGUUAAAAACACUACCGCGCAAAAAACUGGAGAAGGACACGACGCUGUUGCAGUUGUUUUUGGAGAUGGAGAAGGAGGACCUUUUGGAUGGAAAUAAUUUAGACGUUCUGCAGAAAAUUAUAGGAGAUAUCAAUCCCAGUUUAGAAAAAAGAAUCAUUCAAUACAAAAUGGAGAGUUGUGAGACAGGUGGAAUGGUUAUUGCUCAGGAGAUCGGGGAUAUUACUCCUGCGUUGUACUCACCUGCUCCGCCCUCAUUGCUGACAUCACGUACAUCGGUUGACACAAUGGAGGAGCAGGUGGACAGACUAAGUCUGACUGAAGGUGCUGCUGCAUUUCUUAGUGGAGAUCAGAGCCAGCACUCAGUGAUUGAAAAUGAGAGCUUAAACAUGUCUGUGACUGAAAAUCCAGAGAUCCAGCAGUAUGAGAUGAAGGGGGACAAGAGAGGAGUCUGUCUGAUCAUCAACAACUGUGACUUCAAAGACUGUGGACUACGGAACAGAGACGGAACAGACAUUGACAAAAAAAGUCUGGAGGUUGUGUUCCAGUGGUUGGGCUUUGAGGUCCUGACCGAACAGAACUGUGAUCGCCAUCAGAUUCUGCAGGUGCUGAGGGACCUGGCCGAUCGUGACCACACGUCAACGGAUUGCGUGGUGUGCUGUGUGCUGAGCCACGGACAAAUAAAAGGCAUUGUCGGGGUUGAUGGACAGAUUGUCACCUAUAGGGAGCUGAUAGAGACCCUGAGUCCAAGUCAGUGUCCCUCUCUCUUCAAAAAACCCAAACUGUUCUUCAUCCAGGCCUGCAGGGGUACCGACGAUCAGCCAGCAGCAUUUCCUCAAAUUUUCCCAGAUGAUGAAGUCAUGCCAGUCAGCGAUGCAGCUGUACCCAGAGACUCCAUACCUGAGAUGGCAGACUACCUGUUAGCCAUGUCCACUGUACCACACUACGUCUCAUACAGGGAAAAAGACAAUGGAACCUGGUUUAUACAGUCCCUCUGCCACAACUUGAAACUGCUGGUGCCAAGGGGUGUCGAUCUACUCUCCAUUCUGACGAAAGUGAAUAGCGAUGUGAGCAAAAAGACGGACAAAAGCGGUUUAAAGAAGCAGAUGCCACAGCCAGAGUUCACCCUCACCAAGAGAGUGGCUUUCCCUCCACCCAAAACUCGCCCGCCCCUUCCAUAAUGUCCUACUGCAGUCCAUGAUACCUCUCAAACACAUCAGCAUGCACAGACACACAGAUGUUCAUCAGCAAUGUUUACAUGACCUGUGAUGUGAUGAUUAUAAAUGUGAUGAAAUACCGGUACUGUAUGCUGUUUACAUACGGUAAUUUCCUCUUCCCUACGAAAACAAAUGGAAUAUUUUAGAUAUUUUAUGUAAUCAACAAGUAGUUGUUUUAAAAUCGUAGUGACAAUAAAACACAGUGUGCACAAGCCUCAAAUGAGCACAAUACAAUCUAUGCACGUGAAUGGAUUUUUGAUGCUGUCCUCAGGCAGGACAUGAGCACAUAUCGCACACAUGGGGAUGUAUUCAAUAGAUCUGCCAGCUACUAUUGUACAAUAAACGUCUUGUUUUUGUUGACUUUCUUU